AACAAGUAGUAUGCAAGUACACCGACAAAUAAGUAAUAAUACGUUUUUAAUUUUUCGUCAAACAAAGAUCAAAGUAGUUCAUACUCUGCUGUGGUUUCAGGUGGUACGUGAAACUUAAGUUAAAAAAAAAAAAAUCUCCAAUAAAAAUAUAUCAUCGAUGAACCGCCCAAUUUUGUUACCGGGUCAAUUCAAUGGCAGAGACUCUGCAAGAGAGGCAAUCAAAUGAACUAGAAGCAUUGGAAGCCAUUUUUAACGAUCAGCUAAAAAACAAUAACGAAUACAAUAAUGGCCAUGAAUGGAAGCCUCUAGAUAUCACUGUAACGGUAUUCCCUGAAGGGGUCACUAAUUUGAAGUGUAAUAACACUCAAGUGGACUUACAUAUAAAAGCCUCUGAAAAUUAUCCCAAUCAUGUACCAUUGAUUAAUCUUAAAAAUGCCAAAGGUAUAUCAUCAAAUUACUUAUUGCACUUAGAAAAACAGUUGAAUGAUUUAGCCAACAAAAUUGUGGGAGAAGUAAUGGUGUUUGAACUUGUCCAGCAUAUUCAGAAUUUCCUCUCACUUAUUAGCAAGCCUCAAUAUGAAUCGGUUUAUGAAGAAAUGAUUUCAAGAAAACAACGAAAAGAAUUGGAAGAAAUACAAACAAAAAAACAGGAAGAAGAACUAACAAGACAACUUAUUCACAAUGAAAUGUCAAAAAAACGAGAAGCUUUAAAAAAAGAAUUACGAAUGCACAAAAAUAAAGCAAAAAGUACAUGUGAAUUUUUAUUAGAAGAUGAUGAAGAUUGUUUUGAUUUAAAAGAAUCUACUGAACCAAACAAUGAUGUAAUGCCAAACAGAAGAAAUCAGCUAAAAGAUCAUAUUAUAGAUGAAAGCAAUUGGAGUGAUGGCGAUCAUGAUAAUAUUUAUUUAAAUUUUGUAUCUACCGGGUCAAGACUUGAUAAGGAAUUUGUUAUCUUAGAUUGGCUUGGUAAGGGAGCAUUUGGAGAUGUUCUUAAGGUGAAAAAUAAAUUGGAUGAUUGUCUUUACGCCAUAAAACGUAUAGAACUAAAUAGAAAGAAUAAAAACCUUAAUAAAAAAAUAACAAGAGAAGUAAAACUUUUAUCACGGCUGAAUCAUGAAAACGUUGUUAGGUAUUUCAAUUCAUGGAUAGAGACAGCCAAAGUCAGCCAAGAAGGAACUCCAAUAAAAAAUAAACCAAUGAAAACAACUGAAUUGUAUCCCCUAAAAGAUAUCAGUUGUGGUUGGAGAUUAUCCAAUUUAAUCGAGGAAAUUAAUUGUAGCAGCAGUUCUGAAGAUGAAGAUGAUGAUUGGAUAUCAUUUAUACACCAAUCCGGUUCAGAAAAAUUGACUGAUAUUUCUACUACUAAUUCACCAGAUGAUAGUCGCAAAGAAGAUGACGAAAUCUGUGAUAGAAUUGAUCAGUUUAUGUAUAUCCAAAUGGAGUUUUGUGAAAAAAGUACUUUAAGAAAUGCUGUUGAUAAUGGUUUGUAUAAACAACCAAAAAGGGUUUGGCGAUUAUUAAGAGAAAUUGUUGAAGGUCUAUCGUAUAUACACCAACAAGGAAUAAUACAUCGCGAUUUAAAACCAGUGAACGUUUUUAUUGAUGUAGACGACCAUGUUAAAAUUGGAGAUUUUGGUCUAGCUACAACAAUUAUUCAAAGACACAUACCAGACAUAGAAUCAACAAAUGUUCCGGAUUUACUAGAUAUUGAUACAUCUCAGACAGGAAAUAUUGGAACAGCGUUAUAUGUCGCUCCUGAACUAAAUAAUUUAGGACCCAAAGCUGUGUAUAAUGAAAAAGUAGAUAUUUACAGUUUGGGCAUUAUAUUUUUUGAAAUGUGCCAUGAGCCGUUUGGAACUGACAUGGAGAGAAUAAAAGUACUGACCGAUCUUAGAAUGUAUGAUUGUAUAUUACCUGAAACAUUUUCAAAUACAGGAGAUCCGUCUCAAAAACAUAUUAUUAAAUGGUUAUUAAAUCACGAUCCAUGUAAGCGACCAAAUUCAACGGAUAUAUUACAAAGUCAAUAUGUACCACCUCCACAGUUAAAAGACACUGAACUUCACGAAAUGGUUAGAAAUACUUUAUCAAAUUCCAAAAGCAAAAAUUAUAAACAUCUUAUUGCCGCAUGUUUCAAUCAAAAAGUUACUGCUGUUGAAGACAUAACUUUUACAAUGUCCACUGGCAGAAAUGUUCUUCAUCAUGACCGUCUUGAUAAGAUUAUUGAUUUAGUUAAAGAAGUUUUUCAGCUUCAUGGUGGAGUUUGGUUGUGUACGCCGUUGCUAAUGCCUGCACUAAAUGGCAUAGUCAAGGACAACACUGUUACUAUGAUGGCAAGGUGGGGGGGUUUGACUUGUGUACCACAUAACCUAAGGAUACCAUUUGCUAGGUUUUUAGCCCAUAAUCCGACAAUUUCAAAUUUAAAACGAUAUUCAAUUGAUCGCGUAUACAGACAAAGACGAGUUUAUGGUGUUCACCCAAGGGAACUCUAUGAAGCCGCUUUUGACAUAAUCAGCACAUCUCCAGGUAAUUUGAUAGCUGAAGCAGAAUUAUUAUCCAUAACAGCAGAAAUUUUAAACAAACUUAAAGAUUUCAAUCAAAGUAGUUGUACAAUACGUCUCAAUCAUACAUCAUUAGUUCAAGGAAUUUUAAUGUAUUCUGGAAUUGAAAGAGCUCGACAUUUAGAAAUAUGUAGUCAUUUUACAAAAUUCAAAAAGAACAAUUUAACACCAGAACAAAUUGAAGAGUUAGAACUUUUAGGUUUUGCUAAUCAUCAAAUAAAUACUGCGAUGAAUUUUUUCUCUAUGGAACAUAAUUUUACUGAUAUGGUAGAAAUUUGCCGCAAGAUAACUAUGCGUAAAUCUAAGUGUGGUGUCUUUUGUAAAGAAGGUUUGCGGCAAAUUGAAACAGUCAUAAAACAUAUUGAAAACCUCAAUGUACAGUUGUCCAUCGUAAUAAUGCCUGGAAUGUUAGAUAACAUGCAGUUUUAUUCUGGUUUGAUAUUCGAGGUAGUUUAUUCUAACAAACACAAGAAACAUGUUGCUGAAUAUGAUGUCUUAGCUGCCGGUGGAAGAUAUGAUAAACUUAUAUCGGCAUUCAGGAGAAACAUUGAUUUGUCUAGUGACAUAAAACAAACUGCAACAGGUAUUAGUUUCUCAUUAGACAAACUAUCUGCUUUGUUUCAAGCUGAAUCGUCCGGCAUUGAUGUCAUACUCUGUUCAUCUUCUAGUGAUAGUGCAAUAACUGAUGAAAAAUUGAAAAUUGCUAAUGAAUUAUGGAAAAUGGGUGUUAAGUGUUUAGUUUUGGACGCAGAACAAACAUUAGAGCAAAUUCAAGAUUAUUGUCAGGAACUGUGUGUAAUCAAUAUUGUCAUGUUAAAAGAUACCAAAUCUGUGAUAUCUAGACGUCUUAUGGAAGAUAAGUUUCAAGAUAAGUUGAUGAGUGUAACAGAAUUUUUAGAAUCUAUUAGACGUAAAAACCGACAGAACAGUAUAACUAAUAAUACUAUUCAAAUAAAUACUUCAAUGAAAAAUGAUAACCGAUCACUAAAUGAGAACCAGCAUGUCAACAUAAUUUUUUUAACCGAAGAAAAAAUAUCGACAAAUAUCAAACGACGAUAUGAAAGCCAAAUUUCAAAUGCUGUUUCCAAAACUCUACAAAAGUUAUCUUCGAAAAUCCGUAUAGAAAUAUUAGCCCUUAACGUGGAUGUUGAACUUAUUAAAGCUCUAGGCUCGUUAUCUGAUCUGUCUAAUAUUCAAACUGAUAUUUCGGCCUUAGCAAAAAAAUUUUCGCAUCAUAAAAAAGAUUUGUACAAAAUAUGUGAUUACCUCAUUGACUUUAAGCAAAAAAACAUGAAUAUGGUUUUCAUGUUCUAUACUCUAAGAGGAAAUAUGUUUAAACUAAUGAUUUGUUGA